GAUCACAAUAACUCAGAUACAUCUUCUUUCCUUCUCAGACGCAGCGACCAAGCGAGCGUCAAUCCUAAAAUUUCCGAUACCCCGUUUCACACCCUUUCACCCCCACAAAAUUAAAAUAGCAAAUACCUGGCUCCACCACUCACCACCACCACCACCACCACAACAACCACCGCCGCAUCCACCACUACUGACACUAAAAUAGUCAACCCUAAUCCCUAAUUUGACCGAUCACUGAUGGGCGAACAGACCCAAAUCCAACCUCAACCACAACCUUCCCAAUCAGAAUCCCAGCCUCUGCCACAAAUCGAAACCCAGGCUUACACUCAGCCACUCAAUGACCCCACCACCACUGUAAUAACCACUACUACCACGGAAUCAACCACUAUCCCACCACCAAUCACAUCUCCUCCCGCAAAAAUCCCUUCCCGUCCUCGUAAAAUCCGUAAACUCUCACCCGAUUCUGCUGUUGUCACCACCGUUAACGAUCCUAAUUCCACCCAAACCUCCAUCAAAAACACAACUGAACCACCCAGAACCACUGCAACCAAAACCCCAAGAACUAAAACCGCCCAACAUCGAGCAAUCGUCGCACUCGCUCCGCGGAUCAUGGCACGAUCUCUAACAUGUGAAGGUGAACUUGAAAACGCAAUUCGCCAUCUCCGUAACGCUGAUCCACUCCUUGCUUCCUUAAUUGACAUUUACCCACCCCCUACCUUUGAUACCUUCCCUACUCCUUUCCUUGCUCUCGCUCGUAGCAUUCUUUACCAGCAACUUGCUUUUAAAGCAGGGACUUCAAUUUACACGCGCUUCAUUUCGCUUUGUGGCGGCGAGGCUGGAGUUUUACCGGAAACAGUUCUUGCUUUGACUCCACAACAGUUGAGGCAAAUUGGGGUUUCUGGGCGUAAAGCGAGUUACCUUCAUGAUCUAGCUAGGAAGUAUCAAAAUGGGAUUUUAUCGGAUUCUGCGAUUGUAAAUAUGGAUGAUAAAUCUCUUUUUACUAUGCUUACAAUGGUAAAUGGGAUUGGUUCUUGGUCAGUGCAUAUGUUUAUGAUUUUUUCGCUGCAUAGACCGGAUGUGUUGCCAAUUAAUGAUCUUCAAGUGAGGAAAGGGUUGCAAGUGCUUCAUAACUUGCCGGAGUUGCCACGCCCAUCACAGAUGGAUCACCUGUGUGAAAAAUGGAGGCCGUAUAGGUCGGUUGCAUCAUGGUAUCUUUGGAGAUUUCAAGAGGUAAAAGGGUCACCUUCGAGUGCUGUGGCAUUGGCUUCAAGUGGUAAUUUGACACAACAACAGCAGGAGGAACAACAGCACCAGCAGGAGCCUCAGCUUAUUGACCCGAUAAACAGCAUUCUCAAUCUUGGGGCCUGUGCUUGGGGACAAUGAUUGGAACUUUAGGAUGAGAAGUUAUUCUUCUAUCCAGCAAUCAUUUGAGGUGCUUCCAGAGCUGUGCAAAAAAGUUGGACGCUACUCGUGAAAAGCCUGGAUAUCCUAGACAUCAAGAGAUAUUGGUACUUGCCUCUUGCUUUGAAAAUUAAAUAAGACUAGAUGUGGUCAAGCUCUGUUGUCUUUGUAAAAGAUUGGAUUUUGUCAUCAGGACUUUCUUAUAGGACAUAAUAGAGUUAGAAGAGCUCGCUCCAUGUUUUUGCCUUUUGACUGUGGUUGGCUAUUUGUAUCCUGGCUAUACAAUUAGAACCUUUAUCAGCGGAGGCAAUUGCUCUUAUCAAUGGAUGGUCGCAAGCAGACAAUGUACAUAGAAA